UACUUGUUGUUCCAGCUGCUAAAAGUGUUGUAGGAUCAAAAAACAGAGAAUUCCUUAAAUGUCACUUUAGUUCUCUUGAUGAAAUUGUUAAAGAAAAAUCUUCAAUAAACCAGAUCAACACAAACACUCAUUUAGAGCUGACACGUUCUCUAUCACACCAGAUGAAUUAAUAACGAAGUCAUAGUUCUGACAUCAGAAAUCAUUUCAAACGGAGAACAGGUCUGAUGUUUGUUUGUUUGUUUGUUGUUUGUUUGUUUGUUGUUUGUUUGUUGUGAUGUAACUGAUGACUCGUUUUAAAGGCCCACGUGACGCUCACCCACAGUCUCUGUGUUCCAGUGUUACAUGAACUCUGGUUUGUCCAUGAACUCCGUGAGCAGCUACAUGAGCGCGCCUGGCAUGACCGGCACCGGCCCCAUGAACGCGCCCUACGUGAACCCGGUGGGGGUCAGCCACUCGUCGGUACCGGGCGGGAUGUGUCAGAGCCCCGGGGCCGCGGUGCACUCCGGAGCCGGGAUGACACCGGGCCUGAGCUCCCUCAGCCCGCCGCCGUACGGCAGCAUGAUGAGCCCGGUGUACGGGCAGGCCUGCGGCCUCCGGUCCCGGGAGCCCAAACCGUACCGGAGGAGCUACACGCACGCGAAGCCUCCGUACUCGUACAUCUCCCUGAUCACGAUGGCGAUCCAGCAGGCCGCCGCCAAGAGGCUGACCCUGAACGAGAUCUACCAGUGGAUCACCGACCUGUUCCCGUUCUACCGGCAGAACCAGCAGCGCUGGCAGAACUCCAUCCGACACUCGCUGUCCUUCAACGACUGCUUCAUCAAGGUGCCCCGCUCCCCGGACCGACCGGGGAAAGGCUCCUUCUGGGCGCUGCACCCGGACUCCGGGAACAUGUUCGAGAACGGCUGCUACCUGCGGCGGCAGAAGCGCUUCAAGACCGGCAGGAGGCCCGGGACCGGGGCCGGGGCCAGGGAGGCGGCGGCGGGGAGGCCGGGCUCGGAGGGCGGCUCGGUCACCAGCACCAGCCCCGGCUCAGACUCCCAGCUCUCCCCGGCCUGCUCCUCCUCCCCUGCGGCCUCAGAGGUGAAGAGCUCCGGGGUCAAAGCUCACCUGCCCUCCAGCCCCGUGCGCGUGCCCUCCCCUCUCGCGCACACGCAGCAGCUGUUCUCGCAUCACCACCAUCACGCGCUACUGAUGCACGAGGCUGCUCACCUCAAACCAGACCCCCCCCACCACCACCAGCACCACCAGCACCACCAGCACCCCCACCACCCCUACCCCUCCUUCAACCACCCCUUCUCCAUCAACAACCUCAUGUCCGAGCCUCAGUACGGAGGGUACGGCUGCCCGGUGUCCGCAGCCCCGCUGGUGGCCGUCAAACCGGGCCUGGACCCCCCCCACACCGACACCGGCUACUACCACAGCGUGUACAGACCCAUCAUGAACAACUCGUGAGGUCACUGGAGUAAAAACUGACCAGGCCACAAGAACUGUGUUCCACUAUCCACCCUGUCACAACAUCUACACAUCUUUAUAGAGACACCACUUUUCUUUUAUUGCUUUUGUUUCAUUCCAUGUCUUCACAAGCUCCUUUAACACAAUUUAAAAUUUUAAAAGUGUGUCUGCUGCCAACAACACCGUCUAUCUGAAAACCAGAGCACAGAGGAAAAGAAGAAAUAAAUCAAAUACUUGAAUAAGAAUGAAACAAAUCAGACAAAUAAAUAAACUUCGGUGUGAGUUUCAACUUGAAGUAUAUUUUACUGUCACAUUUGAAGUCCUGUAGUUUAAAGUGUUUUUUAAUUAAACAAAGGGAAAAGCAGCUGAAAUUACUUUUUAUUUUUAACACUAACCCUGAACAUUCCCACGAUCUCCUGCAGACGUGGAUGAGAAGUGUUCUCCUCUUUAAUCCCAUUAACUCCAGAGAGUCGUGAUGUUUCACAGCUGACAACACGUCUCAGCGAGGACGCUUCUGUAAACUCACCGCUGCAGGAGAGUUGGUUGGAAACGUGUCGUGGCAGCCGGUCACCAUCUUCACCACGUCAGACUCAUAGACUGUAAAUAAAGAUGGACGACUGUCUACAAUGUAGGACGCAGCCUCCUCCGGGUUAGUGGAUGGGACUCAUUCUUAGAUAUUUUCCAGUUUCAUUUUAUUUACAGUCUAUGGAUUAAAGUCACAGCAGCACCUAGUUCUAUAUCUAUUUAUCUAUAUAUUCACUUCAGCAUGUUCACAUCAGACUUUAUAUAACGAUGGACGACACAACAUCUGCAUGACUCUAUCGGUCGUUAACCCGACUCCUCCAUGUUAGCAGAUGGGGC